AGAGCUUGUCUUUUAAAAACAUCUUAUGCACCUACAUAAGGACUAGGGAAUAACAUAAUAGCCAUAGGACUCUGGACUGGCCAGUGGACUGCCUGAGGGCAUCCUGUGAUGUAGGAGGGUCUUCUGUCUAUGUAUUUCUUUUAUUGAUCAAAUAAAGAAACUUGGUCAAACAAAUAAAGUCUUUGCUUUUUGAUAGGUCAAAACUUAGAUAGGUGGAGGAGACAGAACAGAAUGCUGGGAAGAAGGCAAUGAGGCAGACACCAUGGCUCUUCUCUCCAAGAUGAAUGCUGGUUAAACUCAUGCCGGUAAAACUUCAAGGACUAACUCUCACAGUCGUCUCCCCCGUGUUUCCUGCUGGGCUUUACUGCUGCUAUGCAGUGAUCAUCGUCCUCACUGGAGCUGUGAUUGUACUUUCUGUGGCUCUGUCAUUGUCAGUAAGAAGCCAAGAACAGGUCUCAAUCAAAAAUACCUAUGCUCCUUGUGGAAGAGACUGGAUUGGAUUUGGAAAUAAAUGUUUUUAUUUUUCUGAAGACACAAGUAACUGGACAUUCAGUCAGAACUUCUGCAUGGAACUAAAGACCCAGCUAGCUCGAUUUGACAACUUGGAGGAGCUGAAUUUUUUGAGGAGAUACAAAGGGACCUUUGAAUACUGGAUCGGCCUGCACAGAGAGUCACCACAGCACCCUUGGAGGUGGAUGGACAACACAGAAUAUAACAGCUCGGUUCCCAUUCGAGGAGUGGAAAAACAUGCCUACCUCAACAACAAGUGGAUCAGCAGUGCCAGGAGCUAUGCAGACAUGAGAUGGAUCUGUAGUAUGCCCAACAGCUGUAUCCUGCAAUGUCAAAUUCCUUUUGCUUCUUUCUUGUCUUUGUCAAGAGAUGCUUUCUAACCUGUAUCAACAGUUGCUGCUCUAUCUGCUAUCUUCCAAUAUUGUUAUCAAAAGAAACUGAAUAUUUCUUGGCAUCACUGCCACAUCCUCGGCUGCCUCACCUGUGUGGCAAAAUGCCUCUCAAGUGGUGGCCAUUUCAAAAUGAAGGGCUCGUGCUUCCCGGAGCUUGGCCCCCAGCAGCUCCCUGGCAGUCUGCUUGAGUUGUGGUGUCUGAUCGGCAUCAACGACUCAGUUCACUUUGUUCUUGGUGAUGGUUCUUUGCGUUGGCUCUGCUAUUUUCUUUCUCUGUCCUAUUUUUCUCUUACAAAAAAAUUAAUCUGUUCAAGUAACCAGGAAACAUUCCCAAUGUCUCCUUGAAUAUGGAGGAACUGACGCAUGAAUUCCCUCCCUUGAUUCAGGGCAUUAAUGCUAUGAUUUAGACUCUGGCUUGCUCUCUGGGGGAACUUAUGGAUACCCUAGAACAGAGAGAGCUCAUGAUAGGAGAAGAUGAGUAAAUAAUGAAGGAAAAUGUAUGGAGUGACAUGAGUUACCAUAUAUGGAGAGGCUAGCUAGAAUAAGAAACCCCUGGUGCAUUUUAGAUAGGAAAGAAAGACAGGCUAAUCUUGACAAUAUGAAACCAGCCAUUCAAUAUUGAUGCAAGCCCUGGGGGUGGAAUCCUGAAGAAUGGUGUUUGGGUUACCAUGAGAACAGAUAUGAUUUAGGGUCAUGAGGAAGUUAGCAGCUGGUUAAUUGUGUGAGACGAAUUUCAAAGAGCUCUGCCCACCUGGCCCUAACCACAAGACAUACUGAAAACAAUCAAUUGCCUGUAAUCAUUUUUUUCAUGAAAAGCUUUUUGUUUGCCAACUUCCUUCUGUAAUCCCAUAAAAGUGAUGGUUGAAUUUUAGUAAAUUUGCAGCA